AUGGACCAAGAGACCACGUAUCGCCCGUACUCUAGAGAGCUGAUCCGUUCCGAUAUUGUGGAUGGCGAGGCUGGAGUGCCUCUGCAUAUGGAGGUCCAGUUCAUCGACUAUAAGACCUGUGAGCCGCUAAAGGGAAGAUAUGUGGACACGUGGGACUGCAACUCGACCAGCAUCUACUCUGGUGUUGUUGACGAAGUGGUCAGUAAGGCCUCUGAUCUCGAUACUACCUUCUUCAGAGGUAUCCAGCCUACCGAUGAGCUCGGCGUCGUCUCUUUCGAUACCAAGUUUCCUGGCCACUAUCCCCUUCGGGCCACGCAUGUGCAUGCCCUCGUUGACCAAAAUGCGAAGCUCCUUCCGAACAAUACUCGACAACUCAACUCGGGCAACAUUUCUCAUGUCGACCAGAUCUUCUUCGACCAGGAACUUUGCAACCUUGUCGACACUAUUGAGCUAUAUACCUCCAACGCCAACAAGAUAGUCAAAAACGUAGAAGACAAAGUACUUUACGCCGAGGUUAAUGACAUGGAUCCAGUCGCACGUUACACAUUCAUUGGAGACACCGUAAGUGAGGGACUCAUGGCAUGGACAGUUUUCGGAAUCGAGAAAUACGCCAACUACAACGGUGUUGUGCAAGCAGCCAGUUAUUAUGGCGAAGACGGCGUUGGAGCCAACGCAGAGUACAACUUGAGUCUUCCAACAAAUCCUCCAUACUAA